AUGGACGAUUUUGAGCAAUCUUCUGAAUCGAAGAAGCAGACUCCUAUGAGAGCUGGAUGGGUUACUCAAAAAAAGGAAAAAUUGAAAAAGAAGAUCAAACGUUUCUGUAAAGGCAAAAUGUUGGUAAAGGGAGGCAAAAAGAAGUCACAAAAUAAAGGUGCUUCUUCGAAGCGUUUGAAGGGAUCAAAGGCUCCAAAACGCGGGUCAGCCUCACGUCGGAACAGGGGAUGCUUUGAAGAAGAAGUAUGUGGGACUGCAGAUAAAGCGGUCCAAGUACAAAUAUUUGUCAAAUGCACAUGCAAAGUGAAAACACAAAAGCCAAAACUUCGCUUCAAACCUUCUCAGAAAUCUGUAUCCACAGCGACAUUUCUUAUAAAUACUUGCCCAUCUGGCACAAAACCAUCUUCGUCUAACGCAAAGAGCCAUUCAGUGUAUAGGCGAAAAAAAUCACGAUAUCUUGAUAAGCAAUCAGGUACAAAUUCAGGAUGUCUUAUCUUCAUUGCUGGAAUGCCCUUGACCCAAAGGUAUCACCAGGCUAUGAGAGGGGAAGGCCCACAUUAUGUGGGGUCGGCGCAAGCACAGGCGCAAAUAAUUUCCCUGUCUUCACUGAGGCCUACUUUUUAA